UAAAGCUUGCGGGGCCUAGUGACUCUUUACAUACUGCAGCUAAAUUACUUCACAAAAAGACAACAUGUAGCAAAAGGUUUACUGUAAAAACACCUUAUAGCGAGUAGCUGGAAGUGAAGCGACUACUGACGAACUGAUCCAUGGGAUUGCUGCAACAGCGACCUUCCGUAACCGAAAGGAGCGAUGGGAAGACGGAAGCGAGCGCUGUUAACAGCGGGCUGCAGCGUGAGCAGAUGAAGAGACGGAAACGAGUCAUGUUACCUGAAAUGAUGUGUGGUCAACGGAGUUCUAUGCCGCUUCUGCUGAUCUUCACUGUUCUCUUAAGCUGGCCGUUACUGGUAGAAGUGAAGGAGCAUCACAUACGGGUCAUUAGUGACAAUAACUGGAAAGACAUCUUGGAAGGGGAGUGGAUGAUUGAAUUCUAUGCUCCAUGGUGCCCUGCUUGCCAGCAGCUUCAGAAAGAAUGGGCUGACUUUGCAGAAUGGGGGGAGGAUUUGGAUGUGAAUAUUGCCAAAGUGGAUGUUACCGAGCAACCAGGUCUCAGUGGCCGAUUUGUUAUCACCGCUCUUCCAACUAUUUAUCAUUGUAAGGAUGGUGCCUUUAGGAAGUACCAAGGUAGCAGAACCAAGAAUGACUUCAUAAAUUUUAUUGACGAAAAGAAAUGGCAGGAGAUUAAGCCAGUGUCUUCAUGGUUUGGACCUUCCUCUUUAGCGAUGAAUGUUAUGUCUGGACUUUUCAAGCUCUCCAUGUUUAUUAGGCACUGUCACAAUUACCUGACUGAAGAUGUUGGCAUACCUGUUUGGGGCUCCUAUGCCAUUUUUGCUCUUGUUACCCUCUUCUCAGGACUUACACUGGGACUGAUCUUGGUUUUUGUAGCUGACUGUGUCUUCCCAACACAUCGAUAUUCUGUACCAGCGUAUCAACAAAAGAGACACGCUCAAGAGCAGGCCCGUCUAAGGAACAGACUGGAGGCUGAACAGGAAGCAGAUGUUGAAGAUGACGAGGAAGAUGAGGAUGAUUAUAAAGAUCGAAGAGAAAUUUUAAAGAACAGUGACAGAGAGGAAGAAAGUGACGAUAAAGAAAUGGACUGGAUUAAGGACAGAAGCGAAACAGAAUCAAUAGAGGACAUCGACUCAAAGGCAGAAAGGUCACCUAAAGUUGUUCGAAGGAGGACUGCAGCUCACUCAGGAGAGCAAGAGGAGGAGUUACCUGCUGAGGAGGAGGGCAGCUAGGUCUCCUCAAGAAUGUAGAUGCAUCUUUGCCUGAAACAAACACAUCCAGCCAUCUGUUGGGUUUCUUUUAGCUUCCUUUUUGCACUGAUGUUCUUUGGUUAAAGCAACCGUUUUAAUUCUUUUGUCAAUAUCCAGUGAAAAGGGGAAAAAAGUUUCUGUUAGGCGCAGUAAAGCAAGACAGAUUCUUUGCUGGUUUUUAUUUAAAAUCAUCAUCAUUUUUUUUUCUUAAUAUCCCCUGCCCCUUGCCUUUAUCAGCUUCAAAUGAAGAGAUUAAACAUUCAAGCGCUUUAUAGUAUUUAGAAGACUUCAGAACUAGUUGUCGUCUUCACUGUUGUCGAGGAGACAUUUGCUUUUUGUUUAUGUAAACUGCUUGAUCUCAUCAGUGCCAACCAAGCUUAUACUUCCCAUGAUGUUCCUGUUCCUGCAGAAAACCUGAUAAUGAUGCUAGUUUCUAGCCUUUCUUUUAUAAUGAAGGCUUUGGCUAUAUAGUUUUGAAUUGAGGUAAGCACCUGAUCAGACACCUUUUUGACACUCCAGAGUUUUUUCAUUACUCUUACUGAAUGUUGGUUGAAAAGCAGUGUUUUUCUGUUGUUUGACAGCUAAAAGAGAAUAGAGGAAAUUCAAUCAUAAUCAUCUCCUACUGAGGCCUCGCCCACAGGCACUCGGGUGUAGUGUGUGCGUAUGCAUAGUGCUCGAGGACCAUUUCUCAUGUUAAAGCUUUUAGGAAAUUCCUUUGAAUGGAACCCUUGAAAGUGGUCUUGUAAGCUUAAUACUCGGCUGGCUUCUGACUGUCACCGAUCUUUCCCCCAACCCCCAUUAACACAUAAUUUGUUAUGUCUGUAGUAAGACAGUGCUUUGCUGUUCAUUUCUCGCUCUGCUCAUAUUUCUUUGUUUGUUGUUUGUAUUGCUGUACAUCACUAGUACAGUUCAUCAGUAGCAGAGAAGCUGAAUUUAAAUGAAAGUUCACAUCCAGUGUACAGUAGCUGUGAAUUAUUUUUUAUAACAAGGUUACAUGCAUCUUCACAUCUUUCUAAUGUUAUUUUUUCUGUCAAUGUUACUGUUUUUUGACCUAUAGGUAGCACAUUAGGAAGAAUGCAGGUUGUAUAUAGAACGUCAUUCCAUGAAUAAUAUAUGUGCCUCAUCUUCAACUAGCAUGGCCCAGAUUUUCUGAGGAUUUUCUGGAUUGUCCCAGUUUCAGGUUGACUAGAUUGGUAGUUCUUCUAGAAACUGUUCUGCAAAGUUGAAUGUAUCUACAUAAUUCAGUGUGUUAACUGUUUGCAGUAAAUAGAAUGUUCUUAAAACUAGAAAAGCUUUUGGAAAUGUUCAGGCAGUAAUUCAUGAUAGUGUUUCUGUUGCACAAACCCCUACAAUGAAGAGCAGAGAUUUCAUGGAGGUUCUUUCAUAAUUUUCACACUGUUCAGAAUGCCUGCUCAAGCUUGCAUAUUCAGUAUGUCCAAGUUGUCUUUUACCUUUAGCUCUGGAGAUUUUGAGGUAUCAGAAUAUCUGCUUUUAAGAUGUUGACUGGAGAAUCGGCAGUUGUGCCUCUGUCUGCAAGCUUUCCAAUUGCUGGACCCUGCAGCAUGGGCAUGCCAAAUAAAAUACACAAGGGAUCCGUGACCAUGCGUAACAUGCUUGGCUUUUAAAAUAUUUUUGGCAAGUUGUCAAGGUGGUCGCCUGCCCACUGAGCAGUCAAGGGAGCUCAUUCAAAAGAAAUUAGUUCUGAGAGCCAGGAAGCUGACAGAAUUACUUUGAAGAGGAAAUGCAUGCCCUUUUAUUUAAGUAGAAAGGCCACAAGCAUUGCCUUGUAAUUCCACGUGUUAAACUCUGUUGAGAGCAGAUAGAGUAAAGAUGCAUUUGAUGCACCUGUCAAUGGCUCCAUGCUGUUGGCUUCACAUUUACAAAAUGACACUCCAUGAAGCUCAGCAGUCAAUUCUCACCCAACACAAACAGUAUAUAACUAUAGAACGCCAUCUAAAGUGGUUCUUUAUAUAGGAUGCAGCUGCAAAGAGGAUAUAAAAAGUUAAACACAGGCCUGGCCUGUUUAUUUUAGACAGUCAUAUUAAUGAGUUCUUGCCAAGUUCUGAUGAUACUUUAUUUUGCCUUUUUAUUCCUGUUUUUUUUCACCAUAAACCAAAAGCCCAGAUGGCAUUUCUUAGGCACACGCUAUAUAGUGUAUGUUUGGGAUUAAGUAUUCCAUCCCACAGCAUAUGGUAGUUCAUUUGCAGCUUCAUCACUGAGCAUUUAGUGGAUUGCUCUGCCCUAAUGCUGGCUGCUGAUUGAUGUCCCUGGUGCUUCUGUUUUAGCUCUUGGUGGUGUUGGACAGUAAUUUGGAGGAUUUCAUUUGAAAACACAUAACAGUACCUUGUUUUUGGCCUUAUUUAUAUUGAACACUUUGAUGUUUACACAUGUAUUUAUGUAACAAGUCUACCCUGCAGGGCUUUUAGCAUCCUUCCAUUGUUAGAAUAACUGAUCAGUGUUUCUUCUUGGUAGUCCUGUAUGGAGAUCUUACCUCUUUAAUAGGAACAGUGUUAACAUGCAUUGCAUUUUCCAGAAAUAAUAUACAUAACGUUUUGUUUUAAUCUUGUUUUAUUAUCCGAGCGGGCAAUGCACUUUGGAUGAAGCUUUUUGUAAAACUACCAAUAAAUAAGUUGCUGAUUUCAGAAAGA